CAGUCUCCCCUUCCCCACGUUGGCCGCGGCAGGGGGUCCCGGGAAGCGCCGUUUAUUCAUGGGCCGGAGUUAGGUUUCCGGGCAGGGUCGGAAGUGCUUCCCCCUCACUACUUCGUGGGCAGUGGGGUGGGUGAGUGGACACCGCGGGGGUGGGCAAGCGCCCCUGGUUUCAAGGACAUGGGAAGCAUUUAGAGCGUUGGCAAUUUAAACCAGGUGUGUGUGUCGGCAAGCAAUUGCUGCGGACCAAUCUGAACCCUGAGCCACGGUUCUCAAACUUGAGUGCCCAGCGGGAAUAUACCUGGGGACUUUGUUUAAAAACGGUGCUCUAGGACCCAUUUUAAACACACUGAACCCGAGAUUCUGCUUAGAAACAUUACUUUAGCCAACUGCUUAAGGGAUUAUUGUGCCGGUGGCCCGUGGACAUUCAGAUCACACUGAGCCGCUGUGACUGCACUAGAGGUGUUAGAAAACUACUCGGAUGCUCCAAUGACACCAAAACAGAUUCUGCAGGUCAUAGAGGCAGAAGGACUAAAGGAAAUGAGAAGUGGGACAUCUCCUCUUGCGUGCCUCAAUGCCAUGCUACAUUCCAACUCGAGAGGAGGAGAAGGGCUAUUUUAUAAGUUGCCUGGCCGAAUCAGCCUUUUCACACUCAAGAAGGAUGCUGUGCAGUGGUCUCGAAGUGUAGCUACAGCAGAUGGAGACGAGCCAGAGGACUCAGCUGAUGUGGAAAGCUGUGGGUCUAAUGAAACCAGCACCGUGAGUGGUGAAAAUGAUGUAUCUCUGGAUGAAACAUCGUCGAAUGCAUCCUGUUCUACAGAGUCUCAGAGCCGGCCCCUCUCCAAUUCCAGGGACAGCCACAGGGCUUCCUCACAGGCAAACAAACAAAAGAAAAAGACGGGGGUCAUGCUGCCUCGUGUCGUCCUGACUCCUCUGAAGGUAAACGGGGCCCACGUGGAAUCUGCAUCAGGGUUCUCAAGCCGUCAUGCUGAUGGUGAAAGCGGCAGCCCAUCCAGCAGCAGCAGUGGCUCUCUGGCCUUGGGCAGCACUGCUAUUCGAGGCCAGGCAGAGGUCACCCGAGACCCUGCCCCGCUCUUGAGAGGCUUCAGGAAGCCAGCUACAGGUCAGAUGAAGCGCAACAGAGGGGAAGAGGUAGAUUUUGAGACACCUGGGUCCAUUCUUGUCAACACCAACCUCCGUGCUCUGAUAAACUCUCGGACCUUCCAUGCCCUGCCAGCACAUUUCCAGCAGCAACUCCUCUUCCUCCUGCCUGAAGUGGAUAGACAGGUGGGGACAGAUGGCCUGCUGCGCCUCAGCAGCAGCGCACUCAAUAAUGAGUUUUUCACCCAUGCAGCUCAGAGCUGGCGGGAACGCCUUGCUGAUGGUGAGUAGACUCAUGAGAUGCAAGUCAGGAUAAGACAGGAAAUGGAAAAGGAGAAGAAG